AUGUUCUCGACGCUGAUAAUCAAUCGUUGCGCUACUGUCAGCGGCAAGUCCGCAGCAAUAACCCUCAAGGUUUCUCCAUCGUACCCUAGCGCAAUUUGGUUUCGCGAGCACCGCGGUGAACCAGCUCCUGAGAGCUGGAACUCAAAGGACGUCUCCAAUGCUGAGGGUACUCUCGAGUUAACGCUUUUGGAUCGUAUUAGGGAAGGCCGAGUUGGCGUAACGUAUACAGCCAAAGUGGUUGCCGCCAUGCGAAGCGACGUGGACGUACGACCGACCCUUCCGGAAACUGUCUGCCUCAAGUUCGCCAAACAGGAAUUCAGUCGGGGCCUAGCGCGAGAGGCGUGGUUCUAUGAGCAGAUAGAACCGCUCCAGGGCGUCUCUGUUCCGAUCUUCUACGGCUUCUUUUCAUCACCCAUGGUCGAGCAACCGGGCUUUCCAAACCUCGAAUUCACUCCAUGGACCAACAGGAAAUAUUCAUACGAAGACACGACUGAUAGCCCACCCAACAAUAUAAACCAAUACCCAUCCCAAGAUUGGUUACCAGAUGAUGUCCCACCUUACCGCGGCCGACCCUCGCAUAACGAAAACCCCUCUGGUUAUCAGCAAAACUCACCCUGGUAUAGGUGGAAUUAUACACAGGACAAUCCGACGGUUAGCGUCAUCGUUCUAGAGCUUCUGGGCGAGACCUGUACUGGCCUUCGGGGACCUGAAGUGAAGUAA